AUGGUUCAUCACGUUAAUUCUGAAUAUUUUGCGCUGGAAAAUGCGCAAAACACAAGCAAACAGCAACAUUUAACAAAUGUUUGCUAUAGAAUGAUACCUUCUUCCAUUACUUCUUAUGGCAUGUUGGCAGAGAAUAAUCCUAUUCAUUUUUUGAACUAUUCUUUGCCACUUUUAGAGCUUCAGAUUGGUCUUAUUUGCACUUUACACCAUACAAUAUAUUUCUUUUUCAAGCGUUUUGGAAUUACUGAAAUUGUCUCGCAGAUUAUUACAGGCAUAAUUCUUGGUCCAACAAUUCUUGGAAGAUGUGAAUUUAUGAAAAAAAUUAUAUUUCCUCAUGAGAGUCAAGAUAUAGUAUUCACAUUAUCAGCUUUUGGAUUUGCAAUCUAUGUGUUUAUGACUGCAGUAAAAUUGGAGUUGGGAGAAAUACUAAGAACAAGCAAAUUGGCAAUAUACAGUGGUUUAGGGAAUGUACUAUUACCUUUAUUUCUUGGUUUGGGUCUCACAGGACUUCAUAGAAAAAAAUUAAAAGAAAAUGGAUUGAUAGACGAAGCUACAAAUGUAGCUAUCAUGCAAUGUUUCUCUACAUUUUCAAUCAUAUCAAAUGUUCUUGAAGAGCUCAAGAUUUUAAAUUCGGAGAUCGGCAGAUUAGUACUAUCUUCAGCAUUAGUUGGUGACGUUUUGGGUAUAGCCCUUUUGUGUAUAGUCACAGCAAUUAUGCAAAAAGGUCCCAAAGAAAAAGUUUUCAUCGAUAUUUGUGCAGUUUUCGCCUUUAGUAUUGCAGCGGCUUUCGUAUUCCGCCCUAUAAUGUUGUGGGUAAUUAGAAAAACCCCUCCAGGGGCCUCUGUUAAUUCCACCUGCAUUUUUGUUAUCGUCGCAAUGAUGUUUCUAUCUACAACUUAUUUCCAAUAUUUCAACCAGUACCGGAGCAUAGCGGCGGCUAUCAUCGGGUUUGCUGUCCCCGCUGGUCCGCCAUUAGGAUCAGCUUUUAUAGAAAAAUUUGAAACUAUCGCCAUGAAACUCUUUGUGCCCGUUGGUGUGGUUCAAGCAGUAAUGAGAGUUGAUCUAACCCAGAUUUUUACUAAUUUUCCAAGAAUCGAAUUCUACCUAAUUUUGGGAUUAUUGAUUUUUGGAUCGAGAUUCGCUCUAUCUUCGUUAGUUGCAUUAUAUGCAAAGAUACCACUGAAUGAUUCAUUUUUGUAUGCUGCAGUUAUGAAUUGUAAAGGCAUAAUCGAAAUACGCAUGAAUUUGGCGGCAAGAGACACUGGGAUGGUAGGAGAUGAUGCAUAUGCGCUCUUAAUUUUUGGCGUCUUUGUUAGCUCAGCUUUUGCUUCAAUAAUUGUGAAAUGUAACUAUGACCCAUCAAGAAAAUACGGGGGCUAUCAGGCGAGGAACAUUAUGAGUUUAAAGCCUAAAUCACACCUACGAAUUCUUGCAUGUAUUCACAAACCUGAUCAUGUAACUUCAGUGAUAAGUCUGCUCGAAGCUUUUCAUCCUACCAUCGAUAGGCCAAUCGAUAUUUGUGUCAUUCAUCUGAUUAAAUUAAUCGGUCGAGCCAUACCGGUCCUCACUUCACAUCAAAAACAGAGCCUCAUAAUUGAUCCACGGUCUCAAAAUGUAGUUUUUUCAUUUACCCAAUAUCAGAAAAAUAAGUGUGAUACUAUAUAUGUCUCUACCUUCACAGCAAUAAAUAUACCUAAGAUAAUGAAUGAAGAUAUUUCGACACUCGCGCUCGACAAGCUCACGUCCCUUAUACUGCUUCCGCUUCAUCGACAAUGGUCUAUCCAUGGACGAAUACAGUGUGAAGAUCAGGAUAUGAGGAUUACAAAUUAUAAAGUUCUUGAAAAGGCUCCUUGUUCUGUAGGUAUAUUUUUCGACCGUGGAAAACUUGGACACCCAUUUUCAAUGGCAGGAUCCCCAAAGCCUUCUAUUUCUGUAUGUAUGAUUUUUUUAGGAGGUGGAGAUGAUCGAGAGGCAUUGUCUUUAUCUAAACGUAUAAUUAAGGACUCGAGAACGCGUCUAACGGUCAUUCGUCUUGUACCAGACGGUGUAGACAUGGAGGCACAGGACGAUGAGGACGAAAAGAUGGAUUCUUGGGCAUUAAAUGAAUUGGUCAAGAAUCAAACCGAUUCUCUAUUAAAUAUUGAAUAUAUAGAGAAAAUAGUAAAAGAUGGACCAGAAACUGCAAUGAUACUUCAUUCCAUAGUAGAUGAGUACGAUCUAUUUUUACUGGGAAGACGCCAUAACGAAAAAACACCUCAAACAUUAGGUUUAUCAACAUGGACCGAGCUUUUAGAAUUGGGAAUUAUUGGAGAUUUGCUAGCUUCCAAUGAUAUUAAUACUAGAGCUGCUGUUUUAGUUGUGCAACAACAAAAACAAAUUAGAUUACGUAGUUAG